AUGGCAUAUUUCCCAAUUUGGCUGCUGUGCGCCUGUGCGAUACUUUCUCUGACGCAUGGCUUCAAUCAGGAGAACCUGAAAGAGGCUAUGCUUCAGAGGCUUGGACAGAAGGAACUCCCAAGGAUCCAUAAAAGGGACUUGGAGAACCUGGUCGUUCCUGGCCACAUCAGAAACAAGUACCUGUCCCUGCUGAAGCUGCACCACGAAAGGAGACGCCGCUCUCUGCCCAGCCUAGCAGGUAUCCUCAGGAGGAUAUCCGGAAACGCAGGUAAACAACAAUGGCAACUAUGACAGUUUCUAAGACUGGGAAUAUGACAGUUUCAAAGACUGACUCAUUUUCUAUUUUAUUUUCCAUGAUGUUUAGCAAUACUAUUGUUAACACCAAUGCGUAAUUCUCAGUUUGGUUCUGUUUGGAUUCCAAAUUACGCACUGAUGUCCAAUUGUCCACAUGCUGACAGUGUCCUGUUAUAUUCUACAUAACAGAUAUAUCUGGGGAGAUUCUUUACUCUGACGCCACCAGAGAGCGGUUGGUUUUCGACAUGGAGGCCAGGGUCCCGGCCAACAGCGAGGUGACCAUGGCGGAGCUCAGACUCUACCAGAACGCCCCUCAUAAACUGCCCCUGGCUGCGAUGAAGAGCCAAAAGCCGGACAACAACGCCCGGGUCAGCAUCUACUGGGUGGAGGUUCUAGAGAACGGCGCCAACCGCUCCUCACUGGUAGACUCAAGGUCAGUACCGUUACUGCACAUCAUUCAACAGCUUACUUUUAAUUAGCCUAAUACUAAUUCAUUGGCAUGCUAGUUAAUUAAAGUACUAUUGUGAUUAAUUUGUAUGGAUGUCCUUUUUCAAUAGGUUGGUGCCAAUCUACGAGACUGGGUGGAAGGGUUUUGAUGUGACGCAGGCGGUACACUACUGGUCGAAGGGACGUCGCGAGGCGCCACUGCGCCUGGAGCUGCGGGUCGAGGGCGAGAGACCAGGAAGCUACGCAGCCGAGAUGGCCAAGAGUGUGCGCUUUACCGCGCAGGACCCCUCUGACCAGACCACGGGAAAGCCUGAGCUUCUUCUCUACACCUUGAACCUGGAGGAAUAUGGGUAGGUGACAUUUAAUAGUUAGGCUAAUGGCAAUGUUUAGAACCUUGGUUGGACAGUGGACACAUUUUAAGCAUCUAGGCUACACAUACACAAGGACCUGGCUGCUAUGUCACAGUAUGACAUUUGCUUAUAGAUUUUUUGAGAAUACUCUAUAGGUGUGUCAAAUGUUGUACUUUCUCCGGAAUAACCUCCAAGCCAUUCCUGGGCAGAGCGCGUAAUAACCUGACUGACCAUUUCUCUCCGUCCAGUUCCCGCGGUGACUGCCAGUCCAGCAAGCCGAACGGCAUGUGCUGCAGAGAAGACCACUUCAUCAACUUCCGGGAGCUAACUUGGACCCAAUACUGGGUAAUCGAACCUGCGGGCUACCAGGCCUUCCGAUGCACAGGAGGGUGCAAGCAGCCAAAGCGUCAUUAUGGCUACGGAGAACGGCGGUGCGCGGCCACGGAGAACGCGCCGCUACCUAUAAUGUACCUGGUGAAAAAAGGAGACUACACGGAGAUAGAAGUGGCCGAGUUUCCCAACAUGAUAGUGGAGAAGUGCAGAUGUACAAUGGACAAUGUAUCUGUUUGA